AUGGCGUCCAAAAAGUUCGCGCACUGGAAUGGUUUCCCCUUCAUGACGGCCCCGCGAACGAAAUACUACUCUGGCCAGACACAAUCCCCGCUUUUCCGACUAUCCCGCGAGAUUCGGGAUAUGAUCUAUGGAUACUACGCUCUAGGAGAAGGCGACAAUGGCUACCAUUAUGACAGUGAGACUGGGAAGAUGCUCGAGCAAUCACCGUCAUCAGAGCCUAAACACGUUGUUCGCCUUGGUCUCAUGAUUACGUAUCGCAUUGCUGCUGAGGAGCUCAAGAAUUGCGCUUUCCGCAAGGUGCAGUUUAGUCCUCAUCUUUCGCAGGAUGAUGGGAAGGCCAACGAAGAUCUAGCUAAGCUAGAGGCUCUCAUCUGUUUACCUGUCGACUCAGACUUUCGUCACCCGAUGGCGGAGGAUGGGACAUUCUACUUUGAAGACAUAUCAGACCACGUCCGGGCCUCUGGAAGCAGUCUCUGGUACUUCUCGGCGGCAUCUAUCGCGAUCGACUUUUGUGAGUAA